AUGGGAAACGCACAGACAGCCAGCUGUGAGAGCAUCAAAGACGGCAGCCUCCAGAAGUUGCCGAAGCACAAUCUAGUUAAAGGGCGGAGUUUCAUGAAAUUUGGCAAGAAAAAGCAAUUACAAUUGGAUAAUGGGGACGGCACGGCCACCGUGGCCAUCGACUGCAGCAGCCGUUCCGAAGUGGACGCUGACAAUGAGGAUGGAUUUUCGCAUAUAUUGAUCGACGCUAGGGGCGGUGGAACACCAGCACCAUCACCCAACCACCCCGGUCAAGGUCAGCAGCAGCGCCAGCAGCUGUCACAGUCAGCUGAUUCGCUGCUGGCGGAAAGUGCAGCGCUGAAGCGCGAAUAUGAGUUCAUCUCCAGCAGCGAGUGCUUUGAAAAGUGCGCCAAAACAGUGGCAGGAGCGCAUGCGGCACAGCACAUGGGUGAUAAUGGCCCUAUCACGGCACCGCUAGACAAAGCCGAUAGUGUGCAUGACAUAACCGAAGCCCGCGACGCCGCAUCUAUCGCACUACCGGAGGCCGCCGCGAUCAAGGGUAACUCAUCAACAACGAUGACGACAUCGACCAGUGCAGACAAUAAUAACAAAAUCGGCACAAACGAGUCGCUGACCUCCAUUGGCAGCAGCACCGCGAUCAGCGCCACUCAGCCACCAGCGCCACCAGUACAAAGGAACCAAAACAACAACACAUCACCAACACAGCCAUCGACGGCGGAAUCACUAAACAGCAACCUACCGGCUUCGGUUGCUGCUAUAGCAACAAAGCCAAACCCAAACAGCCUCAGUAGCAAACUGGUUCUGAAUGAAAGCACAACGAAGCAACAGAUCGUCUACAAUUACGAUCCAAAGUCUGGAUCACUUAUAGUGACCACUGACUCCUGGAAACGGGCCCAAUCACUCAGCGAGAACGUUACUUCAGCGCAAGGGUCACUGGAACAAUGCAAAGACCGCCCCGGCAGAGUAUUCCACUUGCUUGAACACAACACGUCGUCCAGUUCGGAUUCCAUUUUUACCGAUCCAUCCACACCGGUCGGACCGUUUGCUACGGAAAUCAAUCAAGCUUACUACUCCGAGGAGGAUCUUGCGGCCGCACCUGACGAAGAAGAAUCGACUCCGGUCCGGAAGGAGCCAACUACCGCGGCCAUCAAACUACAGCAGCUCAGUGUGCACAAGAUUGAACCGAUCGAUCUGAGUGCGAAUCAAUUAGCCGACGAUAAUUGGCGGGAAAAGCUCACCAUCACGAACGUUUCGAACAUUAGUGUUAAAAGUAGCAACGACAAAUGGCUAGACAAUUGUCAUGUGGAAGCCGUAAGCAAUAUCACCUUGGACGGGUGCUGUGAAGAAAACGUUGUAAUUGCAGAGAACACUGUGGAACACAAUUGUGUGGAAAUGGCAUUAAACUUGCGCAAUAAUGUGGUGACCCCUUGUGCCACUGUACACAUUCAAAAUGCCGACACAGUCACUACGCCGACGGAAGAAACUAAGGAUAAGAGCAUUUUCAACGUUGCGCGGGUCAAGAAAGUUGAACUCACCGAGAUAAAAACUCCUAACUCUCUUUACGCAACCCCUCUUCCGAUUACGCAAUCCAUCGAGCGGGUCAGUUCCGUUUCUAGCGACCAGCAACAGUGGACGACCCCGAGGUUGUCAGUAGGCGAGGGCAACGUUCUUCGGAAGGUGGUAUCGUUGUCCUCCGGAAAGGUCGGCGAAAGUACCCCAGUCAGCAAAAUCUCUCGCCCCACGUUUGUUCCAGAGAAGCUCAACUUUUCCGCCUACGAAAAGUUUGAAGGUCAAAUGUUGAUGAAUUGGCUUGCGUCUACACUUCAGUUCACCAACGUAACGGUCAACGAGCAGGAACUGCACACGGUAAUGUUGCAAUAUUGCACGAACCUGAUGGUGGCCGGCGUAAUCAAGCAGAUCCCGGAUAAAUUGGCGCCACUCCAGGAAACGUUUCGGCCAAACCUUAUGUACCAAUGGACACACACAGAGGUACCCUCGCCAGCACCACUGACACCGGGCCGUUUGGAACCGCACGUUGUUUGGCCGCACGUAGUACCAUCCGUCGAAGCAACCAAAUCGGCCGCACAUUCCACUACGGGUCCCACGGAAAAAGUGGAUCUAAGCGAAGAGUCUUGCAUGACUGCGAAAACCAGCACUCCCAAAACGGACCCCAAAUCCAAGACCGACUUUAAUGUGGAAGAUCUGAAAAACAAAGUGACCAGGUGUGAAACAUUGAGUGAUGUGAAGAAACUGAUUCGAACAUUACUGAUUGAAGCAGAAGCUGCUGAUACAAGUCAAGUAGAGAUCGUUGAAGGGAAAAAUCGGAAAUGUUUGCUCAGUGAUUUGUUGAAUGAAAGUGAAGUGACAAUCUAUCCAGUAGAGCAAAAGAACACACAACACGAACGGGAAGCAUCGACUAGAGUACCACCCAUGGCUCCUCCACUUGUUAGUAGCGAAGGGGAACAGGAAACACCACGUACUAAUGGAAAACUUUUGAUUGAAUGUGAUUCCAACAGCAAUAAUGCAAGCUUACCUAACAGUAUUUCUUCUAACCGCAAAGAAUGUUCCUUGCCACACGUUAAUACUAGUGAUAGCAUCAGUAACCUGACUAAUGGCACCGUGUUUAAUAAUAAUUUUAACGAGGCUAACAGCUCAAACUACGUUUGUAAAAACUGCUGCAAGCAGAUCGUGCGGUCAACCGAAAACGAGAAUCUCAUUGGAAGCAUAUCCAAUUCAAUCUCUGCUCAAUCAAAAAAUGUUGUCACUAAAGAAACUCAAACUGACUUAGAGCAUGUAACUGUGAAAGCUACCGCACCAGCUCCCCCAUGCCCUCCUAUGCCCCCUCCUCCACCACCUCCCCCAUUACCAUCCCUUCUAUCAACUGGUCCUCCGCCACCGGCACCGCCUCUUCCACCGCCGCCGCCACCACCACCUCCUCCAAUGUUAAUACCCCAGGCUCCUCCUCUUCCACCGAUGCCGCCAGGUGCACCACGGCCUCUCGGCAGUGCUCCGCCUAUACCGGGUGCACCUCCCUUGCCACCACCACCACCACCGCCGUUUGCUGCAAUUCCAGCGACUUCCGUACGCCCAGGAAGCGGACCAUGUGCACCACCACCGCCGCCGCUCGUCGCCGUUGUAGCUCCCACGGGACCAGGUAAAUUACCGUCAAACACUGCUCACGCUCAGAGCGGCCCCGGCCAUGCGGCUGCGGCCGGACCUCCACCGCCAUUACCAUUACCAAUACCAACGCCCGGAGGAUGGUAUCAGACGAAUACUCUUCGGAAAUCUGCCGUUAAUCCCCCCAAGCCUAUGAAACCUCUCUACUGGACUAGGAUAGUGGCACCAAAGAUCAGUCCAAUUACCGAAACGGACUCGAGCAGUGAGAUAGCGGAACCGGAGGUUAAGCUCGCCCUUUGGCAAGAGCUGGAAGAAACCAAUCUGGAUAAUUUGGACGAAUUUACCGAGCUCUUUUCCCGACAGGUGGUGGUUCCAAAAAUUAAAGAGAAAGUUGAAAAACCUGAAAAAACCCUCAAGGUGCUAGACAGUAAACGAUCACAGAACGUGGGAAUCUUUGCCAAAAGUUUACACGUCGAUUUCAACGAAAUUGAGUUCGCUAUCUACCAUUGCGAUACUUCGGUAGUCAAUUUGGAAGCCCUGCAAAAGAUUAUGGAAAUCAAAGCUACUGAUGAAGAGCUAGCACAAAUCAAGGAAUGUGCUGAGGGAAAUGUGCCCUUGGAUCCACCGGAACAGUUCCUUUUGAGAAUCUCUAACAUUUCUUCAUUCUCCGAACGAAUUUCCUGCAUCGUCUUCCAGGCGGAAUUCGACGAACAUUAUAUCACGGUUACUAGGAAGUUGGAAACAGUGAAACAUACCUGUGAGUUUCUGAUAGAAAAUGAAGAGCUCAAGCAUCUGUUUUCCAUUAUUCUAACUCUCGGUAACUACAUGAACGGAGGCAAUCGAACGCGUGGUCAGGCCGAUGGAUUUGGGUUGGAGAUUCUCGGCAAACUGAAAGAUGUUAAAUCAAAAGACAACAAUAUUACGCUGCUACAUUUCAUAAUCAAAACAUACAUUAGCCAGUGCCGCAAGAACGGACAGCUGCUGCAUGACGUUAAGCUACCAGUACCGGAUCCUGGCGAUCUGGAUCGAGCCGUUCUGGUCGACUUUGAUGACUGCAAAGCUCAGCUUAAUACGCUGAAAUCGAAAACUGACGACUGUCGCCGAACUACAGAUGCGGUCAUUGCGAAAUCCACAGAAAGCAACAUUCAUCCAUUCAAGGAGAAAAUGGAAGCCUUUAUCGAGGUGGCGACCAAACGAAUUGAGAAGCAAUAUCGCAAACUGGACGAGUGUCGGGAGAUUUUCACCAAGACGAUGAUAUUCUAUAAAUUCACUCCUAAGUCGGGCACGCUAGAGGAGUGCAAACCGGAGCUGUUUUUCGAACCAUGGACGUCUUUCUCGCAUGACUUUAAGAACAUCUUUAAAAAAGAAAUUUUGCACCUCUCAAAUGAACUAUUGAAGAAAACGAAGCGACCGCCUCCGAAUGCAUCCAGCAGUCAAAAACAGGCAUCAUCGGGUAAACUCAAGGCGGGAUCCUUGAAAGAGCGCCUAAAGCGGCUGAGCAGUAAAAACUGA